AUGGCGACCGCUAGGGUAUCGCCAACGGCGAAUCUUCUGCGGAAGUCUCGACUAUUUGCCCUUCCUCAGGCUUUGCAAACUCCCCGAGACCCGCCAUCAUCUAGGGUUGUGAACGAAUCCAACAGCGCGACACUUCCUCACCCUACCCGGGCAUCGAUCGUAACGCCGCAGUCUUCGCUGGCUCGGGGCGAUUGGGGCCUGAAGCGACCUCUCCCAUCCAAGUCGACAUCGGAGAAGUCUUCGAGGCCAGUUGUCCGCAUGAACGCCCUCGAUACCUACGAACAUGUCACCGAUUUCGAGUCCGCGGCCGAUCAUACCAUGACCCUGGAGAAGUUCCAAGAGCUGCACAUGCCCAUGUCGCUGCCCUCCAAGGUCAAUUAUGCCACGAGCAUGACCCCAAGACACCAAAGUCCCUUCGAAACAUUCGUCGACAACACCGAAACCAGCAAGACACUUGGAGAGGCGGGAGCCAAACAAUUUCGACACACCGGACCUUGGCUUGCUGGACAGACCGAGGCGGAGUUCGCGGGUUAUCUGAAGCAGAUUCGCCGCCAAAAGCCCGAACUGCUCCAGAAGAUGCGUGAGCGCUUUGACUCCAAGCGCUACGCAGAAGCCCGGAAGCUGGCCCAGGACAACGGCGAGGACCUGGAGAAGGUCCAGCCUCCCAAGAUCACUGACGCGGAGUUCAACACAUAUCUCAAGUCUCUCCGUGAAGAUCCCUUCGCCCUGGGCCCCGUUGUCUUCGAGUUGCUUGAUCUUCCUUCCGCUCCUACCGUCCCCAGCGAGCGCAUCGGCCGCAAGUACUACCAGUCCCCGGGAACCAAGCUGUCCGCCCCCGAGUACGCCACACACCCGUCCGCUGGUCUUUCAUACGCCCGAUCCCACGCCUCGGUUUACAACCACCCUCAACAUGGCCCUCAGGCUUACCAGAAGCCCGUUGAGGCCCGUAUCCUGCGCCCUAAGGGUAGAUUUAAGGGACGUGUGUCGAAGGCUAUUGCUGGUGUCGGUGGUAUUGCCGUCGAGGACUUGAACGCCAUGACAUUCAUUGACCAGGGCACACCUCCUGGAUUGACUGCCUUCGAUGCGACCAUCCCCGGUGGUGCCAAAUACUGGGUUUCGCCUAUCCGAGCCGCUGUCGAUUCCGAUGGCAGAAUUGGCCUUUCUUCCUACCGCGCUGGAUCUACUGCCAAGGCUCCAUAUGGAAUUAAGGAUUAUAAGAAGCCUAACGCGAUGAGCAUCACCGAGGCAGCUCGUCAAGGAGCUCACGUGGUCCCACGAAUGGAUAGCCACCGUCCCAACAGCCCCCGCUUCAGGGCUGGCGCGGAGAACGCCCCAAGAAAGACUAUGCGGGGAACCGAAGAUAUUGCUCGCAGCCUGAUGGAGAACCUCAAUGCGCCCAAGAAAGACUAA